UUCGGGCCAUCCGCUCCGCCGGCAUUCCCCGAAAGAUACUCUCCGGAUUCCCCGGGAUUCAAGCGUCAAGCCUCGGCCGCCAUUCCCCCAUGGCCUCCCUGCUCGUCCCCCCUCCGUAUUCCUUGCCAGACCAUUACGACGGCUGGCAGUUGUCCUGGAAGUUCCUCGUGUUCAAACCAGCCACCUUACGUGUCCAGGCAUGUCUUCUUCUCGCACUCCUGGUCUACGCCGGACUCUCCCUCUACGGAAAGACCGCCAACGCGCGCAAGGCCAACAGAUUUUAUUCUGUUGUGCUUCCACUCUUCUCUCAGCAGUUUUCUAAACCAACGUCCGGGCUCGUAUCAGACGGUCCCUCGGACUUUUUCGUCUUCUCGACCGGUCGACGCGCCAUCUCUUCCCUCCACACCGUUCUCGCCCUUCGGCCGCGUCAUGACCUACUACAGUUCAUCUGGCAGUACCUCUGGUCUGCAUAUGACCUGUGCUAUGAGCCUUUUGAUGCCCUCACUUUCGACUUCACCCUCGAUAGCGAUGCAGCUGCAGCAACGCCCGAUUUUAUUUGGGCUGUCAUGCGCAAGUCGGAACUCACAGUCAUCCGUGAUCAACGCUGGGACUUGCAGACAUUUACUCGCACGGCCAACCACCCAGGCCUCGACUCCACCCUCUCCGUUAUGUCCGAGUUCGCAGACGUGACAGAAACGCUUGUGAAACUCGCUCCGUCUAGGAACUCUACACCACUUCUUACCCUCAUCUCCUCUGCAUUGCCCUACCUCCGUGUCUUCUCCAUCACGGAUCAGCCAGAGGAGCGUCCAUCUGUAUCUGCUCUUGCCACCAAAUCGAAACGUGUCAUUCUCACCUUCGACUUGCCAGACGACGCCCAAGGUGUCAACCGUAUCUUACCACUUUUGGAGGGUACUUUCGCACUUGUAGACCUUCUCGCCACAGGCAGAGUUACUUUCCGCCCUGAAACACGUGCCAAAAUCCGGAAGAUCCGUGAAGACGUCGAAAAAGCUGUCAAAGAAGAAGAAGAAAAGGAGAAGAGAGAAGAAGUGCUGGAGGACAGGCGUUCCGCAAAACGCAAGGCUGAAGAAGAAAGAUUCGCGAAGCUCAGCGCGGCAGACCAGAAGAAGGCUUUGGAGCGAGAACGGAAACGUGCCCUCAAGAAAUCGCAGGGAAAGCUCGUCCGCAAAGUUUGAGCGUCUGCCGGGUUCGUGCAAUCCUGUGAAUUAGGAAGUACAUGCAAUCUGUCCGUCACUUCAGAGUCUCGGCAUGCUCAGCCCUCGCCGAUGCCCCCCAUUGAAUUGCGUAAUUUGUUUGCACAUGUCGUGUACUCUCCGCUUUAGCGAUUAUUAUUGCGCCAAUGGUGAGAAGACG